UUGCCACGGCCGCGCGUGUUUACUGUGUGGAAAUUACACCUUACGGGUUAUGUACCAUGUGUAUCGAGUUUACACUUUGAACCCGCGCGUUUGUCACUUUGUCGUGUCCUUUGCACCACUCGUGUUUUCCUAGUACGGUCACGUGUUUGUGUUUGGUUGUUGAAACAAAUGUAGAACUAUUUUUCGUUUAUGUUUGCCUAGUGCUCCAAUUAAAAGUGCAUCUGACUCUGAAACUGUUUUUCUUAACUAACAAAUGCCCUUACUGCAUUUACUUUUUGUGUGUUAGUAUUUAAAAUAAACUUUAAAAACAAAGGAUUUAUCUGUGAACUUCUUAGUAUACAUUGAUUUUUGUGGUGGAAUUUAUGUGGUUUUUAGACGCUGUUAAAAAUAAUAUGUCUACUUUAGAAUUUAAUAAAAUUGAACUCUGAAAUAUGAGAUAUUUUAAAGUUGAACUGUUAGUUGCUUAAAAGUGACAAUAUUAGAUUAUAGUUUUGUAUGCGAAAGCAUAACUUGAACAGUUUGGUUGAAUAUUGUGCAAAGUAUUAGUGAUGUACUUGAAGAUGUAUAUAAAAUCGGAGCGAUUCUAUCAGCAGCCUGACAACCAGCCGCUUAAAGAGGAGGACAGGUGUUUCUCGGAUUAUGACGAGGAGUUAGACGACCGUGAAGGCGGUGGGGGAGGCGCGCGACGGUGCGCACGCGAUGCGGCGUCGCCUGCGCAAGCGCACGCGCCGGCGUCCGCGCCGCCCGCCCCCCACGCUGGCGUCAAGAGCGAGCGCCUCAGCCCACACGACUCCACCGCUUCCAGAUCUCGCAGCGUGACACCGUCGACUUCGUCGUACCCGGGCACGCCGCCGGAGCGCGGAAGCCCGCACGCGCCCCCCGCGCCCGUGCACCCUCCCCGCAACUACUCGGACAUCAUGCGCUCGCUCGCCGCGCGCUAUAAUACACACCCCACUAACGACUAUUUCCACCGAAUCAAUGGCUUCGCGGUAGAGCAGCGGGCCCCGGCGCAAACACAGGUGGAUGCCAACGACGUGCCAGUUGGUGGACUGUUUGCAAAGCUGGCCAAGCAACAGGGUGGCCCGCCACGGCUGCCCGCCUUUCCAGUCAUGCUUGACAUGAGCUCAACCAAGACAUUGCUGGCGAUAUCCAGAGUCGGCCGCGGAGGACGAUCGCGACGCAAACGUGUCACAGGCACUACAACAGAACACUCUCCGUUAGAUCUCUCUGCAGCAGGAGAGAGUGCAGCCAAACGCGCCAGACUCUCUGCCAGUCCAAGCACGAGGAGUGAUGGCGAUGAAAGGGCCUCUAAUGAAGACCGAAGUGAGAAUCGCGAGUGUCUAUGCGCGGAAGCACGGGCAAGACUCUCCGCAUGGUGUGUGGACGAAGUUUGCGAUUUCGUCAGCUCCAUAGACAUCUGUGCCGAGUACGCGUCGAAUUUCCGCGAACAGAGAAUCGACGGCGCAGGGCUGCCACUACUAACUGAAGAGCACCUCACAGUCAUGCUGCAAAUGAAGUUAGGGCCUGCACUAAAACUACGCGCCGUACUCGCCCGAAGAUUGGAACCCUGCACCCAGUGCCAAGCCGCAGCGGCUGCAGCAAACACAACCCCCACAAACACGCCCAAGAUAAAUGGCACAUCACUGAAAUCAGAACCCAGAAGCAACACUACGAGCCCCAGUUAGAGUUCCCCCCUAAAUUGAUCUUACAGACGAAAAGUUUGGAUAACAUUUAUGCCAAGUCUACAUUUGGUCAGUUGCUGACUCGAAGCUCGACUUCAUAUCAAGUCAGUCAGCCUGGCUGCUUCCUCUUUGGUGGUCUUACCGCAGAGAAUGAAAAAUGCAUUUCGUAGUAUCAAUUUUACAUCUUUUUCAUUCAAGCAUUGACACCAUUGUCAUUACAAAUUUUCGUUAUUAUCUAGGGUUUUGAAUAACAUUUAUUAGGGUGCUUACUGUAUACAGUUAUCUGAGGUCCUAUUUUUUUAAAUGUAGAAUAUCAUUUGGAGAUUCAAAACAACUCAAAAUAAUUACCAGAAUAUUUUAGCGUUCUAAUAUUUUACUUCGCAAUUAAUUUCAAUAAUAUAAGUAGUGUAUUAGUUCUGAUGCAUUGUGUUAUGUUUCUAGUCACAAACUGACCUAAUGUAGAUCCGGCUUAACGUAUAUUAAUAGCGAAAGGUUGUAUUUUUCUAACUUAACUUUUAUUGUACUCGAGGCAUUGCACUCGGGAGUUCUUUUGAUAAAAUUUGUUUUGGACUGCGAUAGUUUUUUGUUGUAUAAAAUACGGCGCUCGCUUUUUUAGCAUCUCUGUUUUGUACCAAUCCAAAAUUAGCUUUGGGAAUUCUCGUAUUUUAUAUAAAAUUAGACUACUGCGAUGAUACUGUCUUUUUACUUAUCUUUAAAAACAAAUUUAUUUUGUUAGAAGAACUGUAUAUUUUAAAUAUAUAACGGUUUUAUAAUACAUAGACGACUAAACCAAACUUCAAAAUUGUAUUAAGGCGACUAUGUUUUAAUAUUGCUAUUAAAAAGAAAAUGAAGACGUUUAUCGGAAGGUCAGUAAUUUUAAUUAUCACAUUGGCCCAUCGCUUUAGUAUCAAUAAAUUCAUACUAUAAGUAUUGCAGUGAGAUGUUAUUACACAAACCGAACUGUCCGUAAAAUGGUUUCCAUUAAACCAGGUUUAUUCAAUGUUCGGUAUGAAGGUAUUAAACCACAAUGACGUAACUUGCGGUAAUGUCACAUGAGAAAACGGUUAUUAAUUGUACUUAUUUGGUUGUAUACAAUCUUAUAGAAAGGUCUAAAUAGUUAUCGCAAAAAAUUAUAGCACUUUCAGAAUAUAUUUUAGUAUGUUACUAAGAAGUUAUAUUUGCUAUUGUUGCGUCUUUAGAAGGGCACGUGUUUUUUUAUUUGUAUCCUUCUAAAUGUUAUUUCUCAUCUCACUGAGAAGUUGGGUCUAAAUCGUCUGGAUAAUAGAUAAUAUAAUAUUUAUGCCAGUUUAUUCUACACUUAUAUAGUUUCCUAAUUCCCUAUUUUAGUUUUUAUGCCGUAACUAAACUUUAGUCAAUCAGUUCACUUUUAGUCUUCCUGUUAAAAAAAAAUUGCAUUUAGUUACGAUUUAAGUUGGUUAGUGUAGUUAUCUUAGCGGCUAAGGAUGUAAAUAAUGUGUUGCCGUCCAAAUGUGUUGUGUUAUUUUAUUAAUAUGUGUUACGAGAAAAAAGUUUUUGUAGGCACUUAUAAAGAAAAUAAUAUUAGAGAAGGUGUAGGUAAUAUAACAAAGACCGUAAUGUAAAAUAAAAAUCACUGUAUUUUUUGAAGCAUGCAAAAACUUUUUUCGCAGUUAAAAGUAAACUUUCGGUGCUAAAAGACCCUGAUAGGAAUUUUUUGAAAAAUGUUUAUGUAAUAAUUGUUUUGUAUAUAACGGCCUGUUUGUAAAAAUAUCUAAAUUUGAGGCUAAGUAUACCUUAACUAUCAUACAGGGUCAAUGUUACACUUUGUAAUUUGUAUAUAUUAUAUAAACAUUUAAUGUUAUAUAUUGUAUUGUAAUGUUGCGUCGAGAAUAGCAUUUAUUUACACCACACCUGAAGAAAGCUCAUUAUAAAGUUUACAGAAAAUGUAAUUUCAAUUUGAAAUUACUAUUAUGUUUGUAGUUACACUUUAGUUAUGUUAAAACUGAAUUAAAUAUUUCAUAUAUUAUCGCAUAAUACAAUUUAUUAAAUUCCUAUUAUUAAAUACGUAAGUAAAUCUGUAAAUAUGGCCGUACGAUACAAUAUUUUUUAUCCGUAAUAGAUAUAGAUUAUUGCAACAAUUAUUCUGUAGUGGAAUGUUUAUAAACUGUGGUAAUCUCCUUAAUUGCCAAAAUAGUAUAUUGAUGGAUAUUAUACAUAUUUCAAAAUGUAACUUGAAAUUGUGCUCAUGGAAAAACUGUGAUAUUUUUUUCAACAAUUGAUAUGGAUGGACUUGAGACUUCAAUUUAUAUAAUCAUUUUAAAGAAAAUGGUUUACCCCGUAUGGAAGAGACCUUUCCAUCCAGUACAUUCCAUUUCUGGGGGUUUUCUAAAAAACACAACAUCUUUUAUGACUCGUAGCCAUAUCGAAAAAUACCUUUAGGGAAGUUUAAUUAAAUGAAUUGAAUUUUACGAUUCUGAAACAAAAUAUCCAGCUUUUCCAAAGCCUCAUACUAUUAUAGUAUAAUAACUAUAAAAUAUAACAUAUCAAUAAUAAAGGUGCUAACUGUUACGAACGCGUCAGAAGAGACUAAUAAAAUUAUGUGCCUUGUUUCAUGUCUUCCUGGUAUUUUGUAUAAUUGUCAAAUAUAUAAUAUUUUAUAUCAUUAACUGUAAUGGACGUGGUCAGAAAUGCAACAAGAAGCAUUCCUUUUAUAGAACAGGACAUCUGUUUUUUCUCUUUUGUUUGGUAUGAAUUCUAGCUCUAAGAUAUUUACUGACUACGCCCAUGUUAACUGUUUGGAAAGUAUUACGGUUGUACGCUUUAAAUCUGACGAUAAUAAUACAAUAAUAAUAGAAUAUAAGAAUAUUACGAAUUUGUUAAUAGCUGAUUUAUUAAUAAAUAUUAUUUUAUAAUGUAGAUUUCGAUUUCGCAGCUUAUAAUUUUUAACGUAUCUACUUUUAAUAUGGACCAGUGACUUACAUGUUUGUAUAUUUUUUUUAAUGUACCUUAAAAUGUUGAAUGUUUUGUUCGGGUGAAUGAUGGUUUAAGAAAAUGUACCACACACUGAAUUAUAAAUUAGGAGGCAAAUAAAAUAAAUUUCAAGACACCUUGUUAAAUUAACGAUUUCAUUUUGACUUUCAAAUUAAUUCCAUUUUGUCUGAAAAAUGUCCCAUACGUUUUUUCUAUAUGUCUAUAAGCUAUGUUUAUGUAUAUAGCGGCAAAAAAUUUCCCAAUUUGUAACGAUGUAAAACAGUAAUAUAAAUGGGUACCCCGUAAGGCAACGUACUAAAUUAAGAAUCAAAAUAAGAACAUGCAAAAGGCAGGCUCCAAUCCUUGCCAUAUAGCUUAUCCAUUUUUAUUACUUGGAAAAUUUAUAGUACCACUAAAUUUUCAGAUUCAACAGGAAAAAUAUGGCUACUAUUUUCAUAAUAUUGGCACCAAUAUCAUAUGCGAUGCAAUACAUAAAAUAUAUCCAUUUAAUACUUAUUCAGACAGCUUAGCUAUAUUAAAGUACAUUUUAUAGCAUACCACGUGUAAAGGUCAGAAAAGUUAAGGCGUUACGUUUUGUUUCAGUCCAGUUUCAAGUCAAAAGCCGUUACUAAAAAGGUGACCUUAACACUAAAGUAUUGCUUUGAUAAUAACUCAUGCGUAAGUUUGAUGAAAGUAUUUUUUUUUUCAAAAGAAAAAUAUUGUUAAAAUUUGUUACUUUAUAAUAGCCUAGAAAGAUCCAAGGCUUCAAGGCAAGGAUAUAGUGUUUUCAAGAUACUUUUCCAGUGACGCUUUUUGGUUGUGUGUACAUUUUCAUUUGAUGAAAGUCUAUGGUGUGUUCGAUUUGUGAAUUAUUUUGUCUGUAACAAGGUUUAGUCACUUGUUAACUUCCUUAAAUACACAAUAAGUACUUAGUUUACGUUAUUCUUGUUUAGAUAUAAUUUCGGAUUUUGAGUGAAAUCUGAUCUUAAUUAUUUAUGUGAAAGAGAAUAAAACAAUGAUUUAUUCCAA